AUGGUCGUGAAAAUACGGUACACAGAUAGUAAGGUGGUUCUGGGCUACAUUUGUAAUGAGACCAGGCGUUUUUAUGUGUACGUAAGUAAUCGGGUCCUGCGCAUUCGAAGAUCCUCCAGUCCACACCAGUGGUGCUACGUGGCCACAAACCAGAACCCUGCAGACCAUGCAACACGUUCUGUUGCUGCAGGCACUUUAAAAGACACCAACUGGCUUAGUGGACCCAGGUUUCUGUCCAAACCAGAGCAAGACAUCCCUGACAUCACCUUUGAUCUUGUGGACCCAGGUUCAGAUCCAGACAUCCGACCGCUUGUGUCCACAUUAAGCACUGCCACAGCAUCCAAGCAACUUGGGUCCCAACGAUUCACCAAGUUUUCUUCGUGGCAGUCACUGACUCGUGCAAUCGCCCAUCUGAAACAUAUUGCCAGUUGUUACAACAUGAUCACAACAAACAAACCUUGUAAGGGCUGGCAUCUUUGUAAGACAGGAUUUAGUGUUGAGGAAUCCACCCAAGCCUCAGACAUCAUCAUUCGAACAGUCCAAGAAGAGGUUUAUGGCGAGGAGAUCAAAUGUAUCGUAAUACACAAAGAGGUUCCCAGAAGUAGUCCUCUGAAAAGUCUCGAUCCCUUUAUUGAUGCAUUGAUGGCCUACUAA